AAAGAAAAAACUCGUUCGCAAUUGGCAAAGCCUUCCCUUCUUCCGGAAGCCUCCCUGCUGCUUCUGCUGGCUCUGCCGGCGCCAGAGCGAGACGGCCGCCCAUGGCUGCGCCCUUCGUCUACACCCGCAGCUCCGGCAACGGCACCAGCCAGGACGCGGCCAUGCGGGCGGCGUUCGACGGCGACCUCCGGCGCCUCAGAGGACGUGAACCAGUCCCUUGACAUGAGUGGAGAUGGGAAGCCUUUAGGGUACCCUCCAACCCUCUUUAGUUCGAUCAAGUCAACUGAAUUUCCGAAAUCACAAAUAUACUUCAUUUGAUUGAACCAAGGAGGGAUGAAGGGUACUCUAAAGCUCACCACUUUGCAUGAUUGCAUCCCUGCUGGACUUAGUGAGGUUCCUGUCCAUAUAUACAACACAUGUACUGUAAAGAGCCUCGACGACCCAAGGGUGAUCUUCUCUUUCGACAUGGGUUAUGGCCUUGGUGUGCUGCACAUCGCAGCCGCCGAAGGGCAUCUUGAGGUUUGCAAAUACUUGGUGGAGGAACUUGGGGGAGAUGUGAAUGCUCCUGCUCCUGGAGUAGUAGACUUUGCAGGCGUGACACCCUUUAUGUUAUCUGCUCAGUCUGGCGAUGUUUCUACUGUGAAGUAUUUGCUUGAUCAUGGUGGUGAUCUAACAAAAUCAGAUGCUAAAGGACGCACAGUUCUCCACCAUGCGGCAUGCACAGGAAGCUGUAAGGUUACUGAGUUCCUACUCUCAAAAGGAGUACCUGUUGACAUAGACUGUGGCCGUGGUACACCACUCCAUCAAGCUGCUACCAAUGAACAUGAUAAAACAGUGAAGAUUUUGUUGGAACACCAUGCAGAUCCUAACACCACUGUCAUCGGAUUGGGUACUGCCCUGAUGGGUGCUUUAUUGUAUCGUUCUUUGAAGUGCAUGAAGCUGCUGAUUAAGGCCAGUAUUCUAUUUUCUAUAUCUUUUCAUUGCUUUGUUCUGAUUUUGCUUAAUCUACCAUCUUUGCCAUGCCUUUGUGUCGGUCUACAUGGAGAGGGAGCCGUGAAACAUUCUAUUCCACAAUCCUUUUUACAGGCUGGUGCUGAUGUCAAUCGAGGGGGCUCCCUUCGGAUGACUCCGUUAGUGUUCACUACAGGGUGGGGAGGCUAUACCAACUUUGUGAAGUUUCUGUUAAAGGCAGGAGCGGAUCCUAAUAUUCCUGAUGCUUAUGGUAGGUUACCGAUAGAGCUUGCUGCUAGACGUGACUGCAUGGAAGAAGUUGAAAUGUUGUUUCCUUUGACAUCCCCAAUUCCAACCAUCCCAAACUGGAGUAUAGAUGGAAUCAUCUCGCAUGCAAAAUUGGAACGUGCAAAGCCACUGGGUGGAAGGCACCUUGAACAAACAAAAGCUGUACUCAAGUCACAUGCAGAUCAGGCAUUCAGGCUCAAGGACUAUAAGUUGGCAUCAAAAGCAUAUGGUGUGGCAAUAGCUGUCGCGCCGAGUGCAACAUUGUACGCGAACAGGAGUCUUUGCAAACUGCUGUUGGAUGAUGGUGAAGGUGCUCUGUCAGAUGCUCUCAGAUGCAGAAUGCUGCGACCUAACUGGGUGAAAGCUUGCUACCGUCAGGCUGCAGCUCACAUGCUACUCAAGGAGUAUAAACAAGCUUGUGAUGCUCUCCUGGACGCCCAAAAGUUAGAUCCUGGAAACACAGAUGUCGAGAGAGAGCUACGGAAGGCCAGGGAAUUAAUGAAAGCUCACGGUGAGGCUGACAAGUGAAGCAUGCUUUGUUCGGGAAAUGCUCUUUUUUGGCUUGGAUUAGAGUAGUUGAUCAACUGAAUGUGAUGGUACUUAUGUGCUGGUGGUACCUAACUUAAAGUCUAACUCUAGAGUCGUUGAAUUUCUAGAGUUCUUACUACUGCUACUUGUUGAGUGCAUGCUGAGAGGAUUUGGUGUGAAAAUGUGCUGUACCUAACCUUAAAAUCUAACUCUAGAGUCGUUGGAUCUAGCACCAAAUGCCCUAUCUGUUGAAUAUUUGCUGAUUUUUCGGACACCCUCCCAUUUGCAUCUUCUAACAGUUUAUUAGGGGUCAUUCGGUCACUCUCUGAACAUGCAUGAGAAGUUCUGUUCAACAAUGUUGCUCG